GGCAGUAUACAAUAUCCGCACAGCCGCAGAUUUUCAACAUGGCGACUGGAGGGGCUGUCAGCGAGAACAAUCAUGAAAUGGAAACGGAGGCAACUCGGCUAAACGGCAUCCAAGAAAUGCCGAAAUCCAACACGGCAGAGUCCAAGUGGGUUCGGUUGAACGUUGGGGGCACGUAUUUCCUGACAACAAGGACGACAUUAUGUCGAGAUCCCAAGUCUUUUCUAUGCAGAUUGUGCCAAGAAGACCCGGACUUGAGUUCAGAUACGGAUGAGACUGGUGCCUAUUUGAUCGACCGUGACCCGAUGUACUUUGGGCCUGUUCUAAACUACCUGAGACACGGCAAACUAGUGUUAAAUAAAGACCUGUCUGAAGAAGGUGUUUUAGAAGAAGCUGAAUUCUACAAUAUCACGUCGUUAAUAAAGACCGUCAAAGAGAGAAUAAGAGAUAGAGAUACACGCACAGCACAGGGUUCCUUAAAGCAUGUGUAUAGAGUAUUACAAUGUCAAGAAGAGGAAAUCACGCAGAUGGUAUCCACACUGUCCGAUGGUUGGAGGUUUGAGCAGCUGAUAAACAUUGGCUCAUCUUAUAACUAUGGCAACGAGGACCAAUGCGAGUUCCUGUGUGUGGUAUCCAAGGAACUAAACAACACCGACGCAGUCAAUAUGGCCGAACCCACGGACAAGGCAAAGAUAUUGCAAGAACGGGCAUUCCGGUUGCGAGACCACAGGUCAUAGGACAAGGUUCAGGGGUCAAGAGGUCAGCUUCUUUAAUCAAGUUUAGUUUUGCUCCGUUGUUUAUUGGUCUUCAACCUAACACAGUUUGCCUUGUGCGUUGUUUUUUUUCUUUAGGUGGGCUGUAACUUUUCCUUUGCCAUUCUCUUCAUUCUUUUUAAAAAAGCAUUAUUUAUAUGUUACAGUGUAUGUUUAUUAAGUCUUUUCUGUAAUA